AUGAACCCGCCCGUUUUGGAUGAGGCCCAGUAUCGCCACGAGGUCCUGGGCCUCUCCGCAGAAUCUGAAGAAGCGCAGGCGCAACAACUAGCCGAGGAGGCGCAACAACUAGGACUGACGAUUCCCCGAGCCACCGCGCCUGUGGCGGUGAUGGACAUGGAUCUCACCUCGCCAGUCCUCUCCUCGGGCUCCUCCGAUCGAAACUCCAUGGGAGGCUCUGUGACGCCGUCUCACGAGCCCGCCUCGCCUUCCAUCCCCCCGCUGGAUCCCAUCGUUUCCGGGCUGUCGCAGGUCACGCUGGCAUCACGCCGCCUACAGCCCGGGAGUACACGGUCGUUGGCGUCCACUCGCCCCACCUCGUUCUGCUCCAGCGAGGGGAGGGUUGCGCUGGCCGGAUACGGAUAUAACAAUGAUAUGCUGGACGCGACGUCCAAGCGCCAUUCCAUGCUCAGUGUCGCUUCCGCGGAUAAGAAAGAAAAGCGCCGAAGUAGUUUUCGAUCCGCAAUUGGGCGGAUUCAUUUUCGCAGGAAGCGCCCCUCGUCCACUCUUCUGCCGGAGGCACCGGGGACGGUCCCAAGGUCCGGCUAUGAGCCGGAUCAUGUUUUCUCGGAUCCAGAACCUCGUGUGCCCGAAGAUGCCCCCACGGAGCAAGGAGCGGCUCCGCUACCCCGGCUGGAAAUUCCGCUAUAUAGCCAGGAGUCCCUGCAAAGGAGCUUGGAUGACCCCGAACUGGCGAAGAUGAGCGAGCGCCAUCGGCUGGAAAGAGACCGCCAUGUCGGUUUCCAAGAGGCGGCCCUCAAUAUCCUUCGGCGGAGGCACGAGACCGCUGUUCUUGAAAGGCAGUCGGAUAACCGACGCCAGGAGGAGGAGAAACGCGAAAAGAACAUCGACGAUAUAGUCCGACUUGAGGAGCGACAGCUGGCAGUAGAAAUCGAGCAACAGCGUGAGUUCGACCGCGCCAAGGUCAAUUCGAGCACCCGCAUCAAGCAUAUGGAGGGGUACUUUCGCAAUGCGAGCCCACCACCGUCUCCCGCAGGAGGCUCAAGCCGAGCCGAACGAUCCUCUGAAUCCUUCUCUGAAUCCGACUCGACCGCCCCAGCUCGCGUGUUCACGCGACAGCACAUGGAACAGCUGGAGCAGCAGUACCACAGUCACGAGUCCAUGGACAAGCUUCACGACGCUCGCAUCAAGGUGCUACGUGACCGCCAGGAACUCAAGCUGCAAGAGGCCAUAGCCCGCACGGAACAGGAACUGGAUGACCUGUGUAACCGACACACCCAGGAGAUCGCUACUCUGAAGAUCGAGCACCGACAAGAAGAAAUAUCGCUCACCGCAGGUCUUCAGAGCAAGGAGAAGACCCUGUGUAAACGCUGGCAUCUGGAGGAAGCUGUCCUCCGCCGGCGCCUUGAAUUGCGCGAUGGCCAAUUGUACGGUCCUUUGCCCCCUCUGCCCUUCAGUCCAUCGGGCAUACCUACGUCAGACUCUCCGCCUCCCGACUUGUCGAAUACCCCGGAUACCAUCCAUCCAGACCACGAGUCUGUGCCAUUCUGA